AAUCACGAUAGUCAAUACCCAGAAUCCUUCCAUUUCAAAGGAAACACUGAAAUCGGAGCGGUUGGUUAACCGCACACAAAGACAUGAGCUUUGGCGUACUCUGUCAACGGUUCCAAAGUUGACUACGUCUACUCCCAGCGGCGCGUAAGAUAAGAGUCCGGUAGAGACGGCGGGCCACGCGUGAGGCCGACACUCACAAGUCAAACAAAGCAGAGCGGCCAGAGGUCCAACACCGCCAAGCCCGAGAUGCGCGCCGGAGUCAUCCUCGUUGUGCUGGCUGUGGCCGUCUCGGUCACCGCCCAGGUGAAGGAAGAUGCCGCCUACUGGCGAGACGUGGCUCGUUCCGAGCUGGACGCCGUGCUCAAGAAGAAGCCAGUCGAGGGCGUGGCAAAGAACGUCGUGCUGUUCGUGGGCGAUGGCAUGGGGCCCAGCACCGUUACAGCCUCCCGGAUCUACGGCGGCGGUGAAACGUCCUUCCACAGCUUCGAGACGAUGCCCUGGACGGGGAUUCUCAAGACGUAUGCGGUAAACAAGAAGGUCCCGGACUCGUCCUGCACCGCCACGGCGCUCUUCACCGGCGUCAAAACCAACUACGAGGUGGCGGGGCUCGACGCCAACGUCAAACUCGCCGACUGCACCGCCUCGCUCGAUCCCAAGAACCAACUGAGCUCCCUCCUGCAGUGGGCGCAGGAGGCGGGGAAAGCCACGGGAUUCGUGACGACGACCCGCGUGACACAUGCCACCCCCAGCGCGCUGUACUCUCGCUGCCCCGAUCGGCGGUGGGAGUGCGAGGCAAAUAUGCCCAAAGGGUCGGAGGACUGCAAGGACAUUGGGCGUCAGCUGAUCGAGGACGCGCCGGGGAGAAACCUCAAUGUCAUUAUGGGAGGAGGAAGACAAUGUCUGCAAACAAAUAUCACAAAUUCUGAUGCGGAUCCAAUAGACACAUGGUCGUGUCGUCGGAAGGAUAACAGAGAUCUCAUACGCGUGUGGUUAGAUGAUAAAAAAAAGAGGAACCUCAGCCACAAACUGGUGGAAAACACAGGCAACCUUCGUGCUACAGACACCACAGAUGCAGAUUAUGUACUAGGCAUUUUUGCAAAUGGACAUUUAAAAAUGGAAUGGAACCGGGACAAAUCUUCAGUUGGAAUGCCUUCAUUACUAGACAUGACAACAACAGCUAUUGAAAUUCUAAAAAAAAAUCCAAACGGAUUUGUACUGGUGGUUGAAGGUGGAAUGAUCGACAUGGCACAUCACAGAGGUCACGCUAGACAGGCUCUUGAUGAAACAUUAGCUAUGGAUCAGGCAGUCUCUGCUGUCCUGAAUCAGACAGAUGAGAGGGAUACAUUGGUUGCUGUGACGGCAGAUCAUGACCAGGGUAUGGCAUUCAGUGGCUAUGCUCCAAGAGAGGCAGACAUUUUGGGCAUUGCUGAGCUAUCCAAAAUUGAUAAGAUACCAUAUACCUCACUUCUUUACACAACGGGAGAUAAUAGCAACUACCAGUUUGAAAAAGUUGGCGAAAAAUGGCAACGGAAAAACCCAAAGGACUCUGACACCACAAGCUUUACAUAUUCACAGCAAACAGGAGUGCUUACCGAUGAGGUUCAUCAUUCUGGGUCCGAUGUGGCAAUCUAUGCAAGAGGUCCAAUGGCUCAUCUCUUUGCUGGCGUUCAUGAGCAAAAUUUUGUUCCUUUUGUGAUAGCCUAUGCAUCUAAAAUUGGAGAGUACAAGUCAUCAUCAGGAAGUGAUUCAGUCACAGUCAAGCAAAAUUGUUUGAUGUCAAUUACAGCUGCAAUAGCAGUAACAGUAUGUGGAAAACUGUUUAAAUAAUGUGAUCCACUAAACUUUACACUAAAUAAAAAUGUUGAUUGCAAACACAAACAUUAA